AUGACUUCCUCUCCGAAACGAGUUCCUAUCCCCGCCAAAGGCGUCGACUAUCGUGGCAAGAUCGUGCUUGCGCCGAUGGUACGCUCCGGAGAACUGCCAUCCCGUCUCCUCGCCUUGAAGUACGGUGCAGACCUCGUCUGGGGCCCUGAAACGAUCGACAAGUCUAUGAUCGGUGCCGUCCGCCGUGUGAAUCCCCGCAACGGCACAAUCGAGUUUACGCGGAUUCCAUCCAACAACGCCAAAAAGACUGGACCACCGCAAGAAUCCGUUAUCUACCGUCUCGAUCCGGAGCGCGAGAAGGGAAAGCUCAUAUUCCAGAUGGGGACGGCCUCACCGGAUCUGGCUGUGCAGGCGGCCAAGAUGGUUGCAGGAGAUGUAGCCGGUAUCGAUGUGAAUUCUGGCUGCCCGAAGCCGUUCAGCACAAGUGGUGGAAUGGGAGCUGCGCUGCUCCGCACACCAGACAAACUGGUCUCGAUUCUUGAGGCAUUGGUCAAGGAAGUCGGCGAGCCCUACGAGAUUGGCAUCUCCGUCAAGAUCCGCCUUCUCGAAACGCCCGAGCUCACAGAAGCUCUCGUCUCAAGACUCGUUAGAACCGGAAUCACCGGCCUCACAAUUCACUGCCGCACAACACCCAUGCGGCCCCGCGAACGCGCAAUUCGCGACCAACUCCGCAUGAUUGUCGAAACCUGCCACAACGCCGGCGUCGCCUGUGUCAUGAACGGAGACGUCACAUCCCGCGACGAGGCCCUCGCCCUCAUGGCCGAGUACGGCGCCGACGGUGCCAUGAUCGCCACAGCCGCUGAGUCCAACUCCUCCUGCUUCCGCUCCGAGGCCCAAGGCGGCCUUCUCCCUUGGAGAGACGUGGCUUACGCCUACCUGAAAUUCUGCAUCGAGUCCGAGAAUCGCUUUGGCAACACAAAGUUCCUCCUGAACAUCAUAGUCCCCGGCAAGUCGAAGGAGACAAGGGAAGCGCACCAUGCUCGAUGCUACUACGACUACUGCCAUAUCCUGAAGUUCGACGACCUCACGGAUGAUGCUAUCAAGCUUGACGAGAUCUUGAACAUCGCGCAUAAGUCCCAUGUUAGAAACAGCGAGAGCACGCGCAGCAAAGCCGUCGAGAAUGCAAAGACAAACAACGAAACCGCCAGAGCUGCGGGCGGCGCACCGCGCUCGAAGGCUGCCUCUCCCGCGACAGGUGGACCUGGACCCGUUCGCACAAGUUCUUUCCCCAAGCCCACCAAGACCGAAGAAAAGACACUGACCGCGGAGGUUGACAUUCCUCCUCCGGCUCCCGCUCAGGGUCAGCAGCUUACUGCUUAA